AUGGUAAAAGAAUUUAAAAGAGCCAUGAUGAAGGAGUACGAGAUGACUGAUUUGGGACUUAUGAGAAAUUUUCCCAGUAUUCAAGUGAAGCAGUCAAAGGGAGAAAUAUUUAUCUCUCAAGGAAAAUAUAUUGAAGAUUUAUUGAAGAAAUUUCAUAUGUCUAACUGCAAAAUUAUGCAUGAGCUGAACAAGCUACAUUAUGCAGCAGCAAAGCGAAUUCUUCGGUAUUUUCAAGGGACCAAGAAUCUCAGCAUCAGGUGGAAUUGUGAAGUGUCUGGAAACAUUGAUGAGCAAUUGAAACAAGCUGAGGCUGAACACCAUGACUGGGAUAUUAAGGCUGAAGGUACAAACCUGCUGGAACAUGAGGUCAAAAGGAGAAGGGAGGUUAGAAGGCUAGUUUGGGAACUGAACAAAAAGAAUGAGUGGUUAUGGCAUCAAAAAACCAGACUGACAUGGAUAGCCAAUGGGGACAAAAAUACAAGGUUCUUUCAUAUCUUGGCUAGUAGCAGGCAGAGAAAAAAUUUGUUAGAUUCUAUCAAAGAGAAUGGUGUCAUCUAUGAGCAGCCAGAUGUUAUGAAACAAACAGUGGUGAGAUAUUUUAGCCAAUUGUUUUCUGAGGAUUGGAAGAUUAGGCCAAAACUGUCAAGUGCAUUUGUCAUAAUUGGUCCUAAAGACUCAGAGUUGCUAGAGGCAGAGUUUUCAGAGGAGGAAAUUUAG